UCGACAACGAAACUCACAACCGAGAGAAAAUCAGAACGAAUAACAGAAAUAUAAUAUUAUAGAAGUAUUAAAAAAAAAAUACGAACGCAAAAAAAAAAACACAAUAAUUUAAAAUAAGUUACAAGUUAAUAAAGUUAAAACAGAAACAAACUAAAGAGAAAGAUAAAUAAUUAAUUAAAAAUUCAAUAAAAAAAAACAAAUGGAAAAACAAAACUCUGCUAAUCCCACUAACAACUACAAUGUACCCUUGGGAGCCGGUACUAGUACCUCUAGUGGUGUAACCGUUUUCGAUCCCUCCUUAACGAACGACAAUCCCCCACCGCCACCAUCAUACGAUCAGGCCAUGGGCAAUCCAGCACCAGCUGCUAAAGCAACUGGUAACUACACUACGACUGCGUCAUGGAAUGGACCCGGUAUGGGGGCACCAAAUACUGCCUAUAAUAUGCCAACAACACAUACCACAACAACCUAUACCACAUAUGGAGCACAAACAUCACGAAAUAUGCCACAUCAGACGGCGUUUGUCCAACAGCCAGUUGUUAUAAUACAGCAACAGCCCAUGUUGGCACUCGGACCAGAACCCGUUUAUUUAACAUGUCCAGCCUGUAAUAUACAAAAACUAACACGAAUUGAAUACGAGCCAAGUUCGAGGACACAUUUAAUGGCUGCUUUAUUGUGUUUAGUUGGUCUAUGGUGCUGUGUCUGUUUGCCCUAUUGCGCUGGCAGUUGUAUGAACACCCAUCAUUAUUGUGGCAAUUGUGGUAAAUUUUUGGGAACUUAUGGCAACACAUUAUAGAAUACAUACAAAUUUAAAACGAUAAAUUAAUGAAUUCUAUGUAUAUAUAAAUAUAUCUAUGUAUAUAUGUAUUUUAGUAUUAAAUAUAGAAAAGAACUUAACUGCAAUUUGUUCCUAAAACUUUAGUUGUCCUCAAAAAACCCAUAAUUUUUCCAAAAAAUGUUUGUAUUAAAACUUUAAAAGAAAUUUAACCAGGUUUUUGGAAUCAGUAGUUAAUUCUCAUUUCUUUGUCUUAAUCUGAAUUUUACAUGAUACUACAAUUUUUCUUAUUUUUAUGUAAAAGCAUUUUGAAUGUUUAUUUAGUUUGUAUUAUAUUGCAGUUAAUCCCUUUUCUCAAUCAAGUCCAAAGAUUGUAUUUUUGUAAAUAGCUUGUAAAUUAUGCCUUUUAAUUUAUAAAAUAAACUCUGAAAUUUACAUUGAAA